UGACCAUGGUGCAGAAGUACCAGUCCCCAGUUCGAGUCUACAAGUACCCCUUUGAGCUGGUCAUGGCAGCCUACGAGAAGCGGUUCCCGUGCUGCCCGCAGCUGCCGGUGUUCGUGGGCAGCGAGGUGCUGCGGGAGUGGCGCAGCCCGGACGGAGCCAUCCACGUCGUGGAGCGCAGCUGCAGGCUCAACGUCGACGCUCCCAGGCUGCUCAAGAAGAUGGCGGGGGUGGAGCAGGUGGUGUUCCUGCAGACCAACACGGUGAACUGGCGCGAGAGGACGCUGCGCAUUGAGGCGCGCAACGAGACCUUCGCCAGCCGCGUCGUCGUCCUGGAGACCUGCAGCUACUCCGUUCACCCUGAGAAUGAGGAGUGGACCUGCUUUGAGCAGUCUGCAUCUCUGGACAUCAAAUCCUUCUUUGGCUUCGAGAGCACCGUGGAGAAGAUCGCCAUGAAGCAGUACACCUCCAACAUCAAACGGGGCAAGGAAGUGAUCGAGCACUACCUGAAGGAGCUGAUCUCCCAAGGCAUCACCUUCAUCCCCCGCUGGACUCCUCCCCCAGCCGCCUCUGGGCAGGAGGAGGAGCACAGCCAGGCUGCUGGGCACCAUCCUGCUGCUGGGCACCGUCCUGCUGCUCAGCCCCUCGAGUCUGGGGCUCAUGGAAGCACCAAAGAGCAAAGUGGCAGCUGCUGCCCCGCAGCAGAAGCUGUCAGCCCUGAUGCCGGCAAGCUGGACGCAGACUACAUCGAGCGGUGCCUGGGGCAGCUGAGCCCCCUGCAGGAGAGCUGCCUGAUCCGCCUGCGCCGCUGGCUGCAGGAGACACACAAGGGCAAGCUCCCCAAGGAUGAGCACAUCCUGCGCUUCCUGCGGGCUCGCGACUUCCACCUGGAGAAGGCUCGGGAGAUGCUCUGCCAGUCGCUGGCCUGGCGCAAGCAGUACCAGGUGGAUUCCAUCCUGCAGUCCUGGAGGCCCCCAGCCCUGCUGGAGGAGUACUACACAGGAGGCUGGCACCACCAGGACAGAGAUGGACGACCUCUCUACAUCCUGCGCCUGGGCCAGAUGGACACCAAGGGGCUGGUGAAGGCCCUGGGCGAGGAGGCCCUGCUGAGACACGUCCUGUCCAUCAAUGAGGAGGGCCAGAAGAGGUGUGAGGAGAACACCAGCGCCUUCGGCCGCCCCAUCACGUCCUGGACGUGCCUGGUGGACUUGGAAGGGCUGAACAUGAGGCACCUCUGGCGGCCUGGCGUCAAGGCCCUGCUCCGCAUCAUCGAGGUGGUAGAGGACAACUACCCUGAGACCCUGGGCAGGCUGCUGAUAGUCAGAGCUCCCAGGGUGUUCCCUGUGCUCUGGACUCUGGUCAGUCCCUUCAUCAACGACAACACCAGGCAGAAGUUCCUCAUUUACAGUGGCAACAACUACCAGGGGCCAGGGGGCCUGGUGGACUACGUGGACAGAGAAGUGAUCCCAGACUUCCUGGGGGGAGAAUGCAUGUGCACUGUCCCAGAAGGAGGCCUGGUCCCCAAGUCGCUGUACCAGAGGGAGGAGGAGGCCGAGAGCUCAGACCACAUCCGCCUGUGGACAGAGACCAUCUACCACUCUGCCAGCCUGCCCAGGGGAGCCCCCCACGAGAUAGCUGUGGAGAUUCUGGAAGGGGAAUCUGUCAUCACCUGGGACUUUGACAUCCUGAAGGGGGAUGUGGUCUUCAGCCUCUUCCACUCCAAACGAGCUCCUGAGGCAGGGCAGCAGGAAGGCCAAGCUGCCAGCGGCUCUGCUGCUGGGGACAGCUCCCAGCUGAUCGAGAGGAGCUGGGUGCUGGGGGUGGACUACAGCCUGGUGGAGUCCCCUCUGGUGUGCAGGGAGGGGGAGAGCAUCCAGGGCUCCCAUGUCACCCGCUGGCCUGGCUUCUACAUCCUGCAGUGGAAGAUGCACAGCCCCCUGCCCAGCUCCAGCAGCAGCCUCCCAAGGGUUGAUGAUGUCCUGGCCUCCCUGCAAGGCUCCAGUCACAGGUGCAAGCUCAUCUACUACUAUGAAGUGCUGGCAUCCAAGGACUUCAGGGGCUCCAUGUCCAGCCUGGAAUCUUGCACCAGUGGCUUCUCCCAGCUGAGUGGAGCCACCACAUCCUCCAGCCACUCCCAGAGCAGCUCCCACCUGUCCAGAUAGCAGGGACACAGCUCCAGCAGGGAGGAGAAAUCACUGGGGGUGUUCCUGGCCACCCCCUCAGCUGCUCUGUGCACCCAACCAAAGAGCCUCCAGGAGCUUCCUCUCCAGGAGCUUCCCCUCCAGGAGCUUCCCCUCCAGGAGCUUCCUCUCCAGGGGCUUCCCCUCCAGGAGCUUCCCCUCCAGGAGCUUCCUCUCCAGGAGCUUCCCCUCCAGGAGCUUCCUCUCCAGGAGCUUCCCCUCCAGGGGCUUCCCCUCCAGGAGCUUCCCCUCCAGGAGCUUCCCCUCCAGGAGCUUCCCCUCCAGGAGCUUCCUCUCCAGGAGCUUCCCCUCCAGGGGCUUCCCCUCCAGGGGCUUCCCCUCCAGGAGCUUCCCCUCCAGGAGCUUCCCCUCCAGGGGCUUCCCCUCCAGGGGCUUCCCCUCCAGGAGCUCCUUUGCCCUCCCACAGGGAGCAGCCCUCUGGACACAGGGAGCCUGUGGGGAGCCCUCAGUGGCAGCCCAAGGCCUUGGCUGGGGGCUGCCUGUUUCUGUCACACCUGG